AGUUCCCUGGACGUCAUGCAGAAUGUGGCUAUAUAAGCUGUCGAUGGAGUUUGUUGUGGGGUUUGAAGGAGCGCGUCUCUUAGCGAAUACUGAACAAUUCGGUGAGAUUUGUUAUUGGUUGCGUGGGCAACCACAACACAGCUUAGACAGUUUUGUUUGACCAUCUUAACCGGAAGCCUUGCGGUUUUUAUUUUUUGUGAUGAAACUCUUGAAACUCUGUGCGGAGCAGUAAGAUCCAUCCCGACAGUUUAGAGCGGUUACUGAAUUUGGAAACUUCAGCCAUAGUGAUCUCCCCGCUCACUACUACAAAUUGACAGUAAAAUCGACUAGUAGUAGGACCUGCUUUUGUAAAAAAAAGAGCGCUGUGCAUGUCAAGUCAUUUUACUGGAAAAUAUACUGAAAGGUAUAAGAGGGACGAGUGAUAUCCAGUUUUGACCAUGCCUCUCGAUUUGGGAAUGUAUGACAGCCACGCGGGUUAUAAAUCUGAAAAGCAGUGUCAGAGAACAUCGUUCGCAUUUUACCAAGCCGUGAGAGACUUGUUACCUAUAUGGGUGCUGGAGGAUAUGAGGACAAUGGAGGUGUUUCACUGGGAGGACGAUGGACGGGCAUGCUCUUACUCCCCAUGCGAGGCUUUAUUGUACGCGCUGGUGCACGACCAUCAGCAGUACGCGAGAUACCUCCUAAACCGCUAUUCCAUCCAGGCACUGGAGAUGCCAAGCCGAAGCUUCUGCUGCUGUCAGGCGUCCACCACGCCGCAUCUAAAUGUCGCCAUCCGUUACAACCGCGUCAACAUCCUCAAAAUGAUCAUGGACUCUAUUGGAGACUUCACUAAGACCGAGAGACAGAGCUAUCUGAAUCGUCACGGUUGUGUUCACAUCGACGGCGGCAAGACUGCACUGCAGCUUGCUUGCGACUUGGUGCGUCCUGAGUGUUUGAUCCUGUUGCUGGGACAUGGCGCUUGCCCGUACGUGACAGACCGCUCUGGUAAUACCCCUUUGGACUGCCUCCUGAAUCAGAUAUGCCAGAGCAAUUUUGACAUGCGGCGGAAACACGUCUGCCUGGGAUACCUCAUCCUCUUCAUGCCGGAGCUGCGCUUCCGGAUGAAGAGCCAGCUGCAGGCGAACGCGCUGCAGUGGCAGGCGCUCCUGGGCGAGCAGGCGUUCCAGUGGCUCUUGGGAAAGGCCCCUCCGUCCCUGUUCGUGCAGGCCAUGCAGAAGCUCUCGCAGUCCAUCCCCCCUGAACAGCUGGACUCUCUACCAGAUUUCCUCAAGCCACCUGACUUCAGACUGCACCAGCUGCAGAACGUGGCAUAGACUUUAUCCCCCCCAAAACUCAGCGAUGGACUGCAUUGUAAAUAGUUUCACGGACUGAAAUGUUGGGAAUCACAGAGAAUUCCACUGUAAAUAGCGGUUAAGAGUACUGUAGGAAUUGUUUCAAACAUUGCACAGAAGAAUGCAAAAAAGGCAAGCAUAUAAGCCCUGUACAGUGUAUAAAUUAAAGGUCAUUUUCUUAAAA